AUGGACUUUCGGAAAGUAAUGGAGCAACUGAGCAUCGGCGAGGAGGAUACGCUGGCCUUGCUGUCCGCUGCUUCAAUACAACAGCACACAGCUUAUGAACGUACGGGGAGCAGGAAUCACAUCGAUCUGGCCAUUCGCAUGGUGCGCAUGGCCGUGACCAUGACAGAAGGGGGUGAAAUGGACUGGGCUGCCAUGAUGAGCGACCUCGGAGCCAUGCUAACAUGCAGAUAUGAACGAACAGGAAACCUGGCCGAUUUGGAAGAGGCCAUUAACAAUGCUCGACAGGCAGUCGGCGCAACGCCGAGCGAUAAUCACAUGCGGGCAGGCAGGCUAAACAACCUCGGGAUCGGGCUCCAACGUCGGUAUGAACGGACUGGAGUGAUGGAAGACAUAGACGAAGCCAUUUGUGUGAUUCGGCAAGCAGUCUCUACGACUCCGCACGACUCCGACCGCGCAUCGUGGUUGAACAACCUCGGAGCAGUGCUUGGUAGGAGGUAUGAACGGACAGGAGCGAUGACUGACCUGGAAGAAGCCAUUGGUGCGAUUCAACAAGCGGUAGUCGCUACGCCCGACGACCAUCCCGAUCGCGCGAUACGUUUAAAUAACCUUGGAAACAGGCUGCAGAGCCGGUAUGAGCGGGCGGGAGAGAUGAGCGACCUGGUAGAAGCCAUUGAUGUGACUCGACAAGCCAUCGCUUUCACACCCAACGAUCAUCCUAACUACGCACGUAUCUUAAACAGUCUUGGAAUCACGCUUGCUAGUAGGUAUGAACGGACAGGAGCGAUGACUGACCUGGAGGAAGCCACUGGUGCGACUCGACGAGCGGUAGCCGCUACGCCCGACGACCAUCCUGAUCGCGCAGGGAGACUGAAUAACCUCGGCAGUAAGCUUCAGAGUCGCUACUGGCGGAGUAACGCGAUUGCCGAUCUAGAAGAAGCUAUUGAUGUAACUCGACAAGCAAUCGCUGCCACGCCUGAGGACCAUCCCGAUCGUGCGAUAUGUUUAAAUAACCUCGGAAACAAGCUGCAGAGCCGAUAUGAUAGGGCGGGAGCGAUGAGCGACCUGGAAGAAGCCAUUUCUCUGACUCGAAAAGCAAUCACCGCCACGCCUGACGACCACCCUGAUCGGGCAGGGAGACUAAAUAGCCUCGGAAACAGACUGGAGAGCCGAUAUGAGUCGGUUGGAGCGAUGAACGACCUGGAUGAAGCUAUUGCUGUGGCUCAGGAAGCAAUCGCCGCCACGCCUGACAAUCAUCCCGAUCGGGCAGGGAGACUAAAUAGCCUCGGGAGUAAGCUUGAGUGUCGGUAUCAUCGGACGGGGGCGAUGAGCGAUCUGGAAGAAGCUAUUGCUGUGGCUCAGGAAGCAAUCGCCGUCACGCCUGACGACCACCCCGAUCGGGCAGCGAGACUAAAUAGCCUCGGGAGUAAGCUUGAGUGUCGGUAUCAUCGGACGGGGGCGAUGAUCAACCUAGAGGAAUCCAUUCGUAAGACCCGACAAGCGAUCGCCAUGACGUCUAACGAUGACAUUAACCACGGAGCCUGGUUGAACAAUCUUGGAAACAGACUUGAAAGGCGCUAUCAACGGAAGAGGGCUAUGGCCGACUUGGAAGAAUCUAUUGCUGUGACACGACAAGCUAUCCUCGCUACGCCUGAUGACCAUCACUACCGCGCCUCGCGGUUCAGUAAUCUUGCAAACAAACUUGAGAGUCGUUAUGAGCGGACUGGAGCGAUUAGCGAUCUGGAAGAAGCUAUUGUCCUUACUCGACAAGCAAUCGCAGUCACUCGGAACAACUAUCUUGAACGCGCGGCCAUCUUGAACAAUCUUGGCAAUAAGCUCGAGAGUCUAUAUGAACGGACGGAAAGGAUGGCCGACCUAGACGAAGCCAUUGUCAUGGCCCGACAAGCAAUCGCUGCUAUGCCUCACGAUCAACACACUCGUGCCGUAUGGUUGUACAACCUCGGAAUCAGGCUGCAAAAUCGGUAUAGACAGACUACUGCGGUUACUGACUUGGCAGACGCUUGUAUGCAGCUCCAAAAUGCCUGGAACAUUACUACGGCCAUUCCAUUUCACCGUAUCAGGGCCGCAGCCCAGUGUAUCAAGCUGCUCGCCAUCCAACGCAAGAUCGAUAUUGCUAUACAGCUUGGAAAGGACGCUAUUCACCUGCUACCAGUUGUCAACACACGUGACCUUGACCGCAAUGACCAGCAAUAUAUGAUAUCGGCAUUUGCAGGCGUAGCUGCAGAUUUGUGCGACCUGCUCUUGAUGUCCAACAAGUUGGACGAUGCUCUGCAGUACCUAGAAGAAGGUCGUACUGUCAUUCUGAGUCAGCUCAUAGACGGUUGGAACCAAGUGGCUGGCCGGGCACAUUCAAGUAUAGCCCCCAGGUGUGAAGAGCUCUGCGACGAAAUCAACACCUCUUGUCGCAACGUGAAACUGGCAGCCAAAGAGCAGGCGAUAAGAGACCGUCGUCAAUCCGUAUUAGAUUUAGAUGCCUGCCUAAAAGAUAUCGGAACAAUCCGGCCCCGUGACAAAUUUCUACUUAGUACGGCCGAUAUGCAAAAGUGCGCCGCUGGGGGCACUAUCGUGGUCGUUAACAUCACGGAAAUUGGGAGCGAUGCCAUUAUCAUCACCCCUGUGGUAGUCAAGGCAAUUAGCCUGUCAGCGUUGUCGCCAUCUGACGCGAUGGCUUGGUUGAGCAAGGACUUCCCUGGCCCAAGACCCCUGCGUGCAGAGAAAAAUCGGGAUUAUUUGGCGUUUCUUACCUGGCUUUGGGAGUCUUGUGUCGAGCAGAUCCUGGAUGAGGUGCGCGCUCUCCAAGAUCCGUCAGAAAAUGACGUCUUGAGAGUGUGGUGGAUUGGAAGCGGCCUUGCCAGCUCGAUGCCUUUCCAUGCGGCCGGGAAGCACCGUGCAGGUUCGACCGAGACGGCUUAUCAUAAAACUGUAUCGUCGUACGCCCCGUCGAUCAAAGCGUUGACCCAUGCUCGGAAAAUAGCCAAAGAAUCAGCGACGGCAAAUGGUUCGCUUUUGGUUGUUUCCAUGCCGACAACGCCCGUUGAAGAGGGCCAAAGGGCAUUUUCUAGGCUUCCUGGCGCAACAGAGGAGAAGGACAUUGUGCUGGGAGUGACCAGGGGACACCUCGAAGCACAGAACAUGGAGCAACCCAGCGUCUGUCAGGUGCUAGACGAGCUUCGACGAUGCUCUGUAGCACACUUCGCGUGCCACGGAUCGACAGACCAUAUAGAUCCGUCCCAAAGCGGACUGAUAUUGCAGAGGCAAAGAGACGUCCGUGAUGGCGGAGCUGGGCCGGUGCAGGACAGGCUCACGGUUGGAAGAAUCUCGGAAAUUACCCUUCAUCACGCGCGGCUGGCUUACCUGUCGGCCUGCUCGACUGCGCAGAACAAGGCAGAGCGGUUGUCCGAUGAGGUCAUCCACGUUGUGAGCGGUUUCCUGGUGGCCGGCUUCCCGCACGUUGUCGGUAGUCUAUGGCCAUCGAAUGACAGGGUCUGCGUGGAUGUGGCGAGUGGGUUCUACUCGCAUCUCUUUGAGCAAGGGGAGUUGAGGUGGCACGAUGACCAGAUAGCGACAGCCCUGAGGGAGACAGUGAUGGAGGUUAGAGCAGGAGACAUGGACAUGCCGCUGAAUUGGGCGCAGUUUGUUCACUACGGACCCUAA